CCCCCCUCUCUCGUACAUGGUCCGGUCUUUCCCCGUUCGAAGCCGGGAGCGGGAGGAAGCGCCGCUGUGUCAUCGGCUGUUGUUGAUGUUUUUGGGGAAAAGAAGCACCGCAGGAUGGACUUGACUACGUGUUUGAAGUCUCUGUUGUUGGCUGUCCGGCAGUACAGAGACGGCAGGACGGCGCAGAGUGCAGCGCAGCUUCAGAAGCAGGUGGAGGGGCUAUCAGGCCUGAAAUGUGACCAGCUGCUGUCCUCAGGGCAGGUUCUGCCCCAUGAGUGUGUGACUGGGCUGGUGGAGCUGGCUGGAGACCCGAACACCAGCGCGGCCCUGAGGAGCUCCAUCAUCUCCCUGCUGGCACAAUUAGCCUGCGAUGAUGAUGGUCGGGAGAUUCUUCACAGCAGCUACAACCUCACCAGCGCUCUGGCUUCUGUCAUCCACCACCACAGCGCCACACCAGGAGAGCCCCUGGUACUGCAG